AAUGACGAUAGAAAGGGGGCGGAGUCAAAGUUUGAUAAGUCUCCAACUGGGCACACAUACUGGUCUCAAAACACUACGCCGUAACUCGCACACCGUAUUAAAUAUCCCAGCGCACUGUUCACUGUUUAUCCUAAGAUGUUUUCAUUGUACUUCAUUACUGUCAAAAUAACCAACCAAUAUACAGGAAUGUAGAUUUUUAGCUUUAAAACCUGUGGAAAUGUUAUAAAAGACAUUGAAGACUGAAGAGUUAUUUGUUCUAACACGUUUAAAUUUUCCUAUAUCAUUGCUGAGGUUUCAGGAGUAAAUGUGAAGACAUUGUAACAAUGCUUAGUUCAUUUGUGGACAGAGGUGAGUCUCAGCAUCUUCCAACCCCAGGAGUGGGAUAUCCUGACGGGGGGAUGCUCCAAAACCAGCAAUAUAACUAUUAUAAUUCCCAGUCCGGCGGAUACCCCGUGCCGUACUCUAAUGUUGGAAACUUGGCAUCCCGAGAUUUGUUGAUAAGGAGAUCUGAAUUUGGACUGUCAGCUAAUGAUGGAAAUGUUUCCGCUCGUUCAGGGAUGCUAUUUCCCGCUUCAUCCGGGUUUCCGCCACAGCAUCAUCAGGAGGUUUCUCCGCACGUGUUGUAUCAGGGACUCCGUCCUGAUGUGUCGUCAUAUCACACUCCUCGUCAUCAGCACGUUCAUUCUCAGUCUGGGUAUUUUAACAUGCCCGCCAGCGGAGGAGAUAUGUACGGUAGAACUGACCAAAUGGGGUUCAAUACCUCGGGAAGAAUAGAUCAAUACGAACACGCACAACAACAGUUCAUGAGCCCCAUGAAUAUGUUACAGAGUGGCCCUGGACUGUUUCUACCUUACAUUGGAAGACCUGCUAUUAAGCAAGAAAGAACUUGUAUGUGGGUAGACCCUGACCAAUCUGAACCAAGGAAGCCUUGUAACAAAGUGUUUUACACAAUGCACGAAAUAGUGAACCAUAUUACAAUAGAUCAUGUCGGAGGUCCGGAACAGAACAAUCACACGUGUUACUGGCAAGAGUGUGCUCGUGAAUUCAAACCAUUCAAGGCAAAGUACAAGCUUGUCAACCACAUCCGGGUCCAUACCGGGGAAAAACCGUUUCCAUGUCCAUUUCCGGGAUGUGGAAAAGUGUUCGCCAGAAGUGAGAAUCUAAAGAUCCACAAACGAAUACACACAGGUGAGAAGCCGUUUAAGUGUGAGUUUGACGGAUGCGAUCGUCGAUUUGCCAACAGUUCGGACAGGAAAAAGCAUUCCCAUGUCCACACCAGUGAUAAGCCUUAUAAUUGUCGGGUUCGUGGGUGUGAGAAAAGUUACACUCAUCCUAGUUCUUUGCGAAAGCACAUGAAAAUCCAUGGAGAUGUGUCGCCAACAAUGGAACGUCAGGAUUCCGACGAAGUGUCCGUCUGUAGUGAGAGCACCUCCCGCACAUCGCCGUCCACCGAUCAUACCGUCAAAUCUCCAAACUUAACCGAACAACCUGUGGAUCGAAAACCAAAUAUAAAUGCCAUUUCCGGCACAUUACAAUUAGACCAUAAUAUUCAUCCACCUGAUGUUCCGAAAAUGAAUGACUGGUUUGUUUGCCACCCUCGUACCUCUGUGAAUCCUGGUAGCAAGGACCACACCCAUUUUUCAAGCAUCGCUUCUUUGUCAUCGUUCCAUCCAAUGCCCAUUAUGCAGUAUUCGUGACGUCACAAUGACUUCAAUCAGGGACAUUUAAAUUAUUUUUGUUGAGUUUGAGCAUAAAUAUAGAAAUUUAUUGUAUUUAUCAAAUUUGAUAAAUGGUUUAUAAAAAUAUAUCGUAUAAAAUAAAAU